GGCUGCUAACUGGCAGACCAACAAUUGAAACCCUCCAGCCGGUGCGCUGGAGAAAGGUUGGCAGCCUCGCUGGUUCCUUCUCGGCAGGGGGAUCCUGUCUUACUAUGACUCUCCGGAGGACGCCUGGAAGGGCUGCAAAGGGAGCAUCCAAAUGGCAGUCUGUGAAAUUCAAGUUCAUUCUGUAGAUAACACGCGCAUGGACCUGAUCAUCCCCGGAGAACAGUAUUUCUACCUGAAGGCCCGGAGUGUGGCUGAGAGGCAGCGGUGGCUGGUGGCUCUGGGAUCGGCCAAGGCCUGCCUGACUGACAGUAGGACCCAGAAGGAGAAAGAGUUUGCUGAAAACACCGAAAACCUGAAAACCAAAAUGUCAGAGCUAAGACUCUACUGUGACCUCCUUGUUCGGCAAGUGGAUAAAACGAAGGAAGCGGCUGCCACAGGCAGCGUGCCCAGUUCUGAGGAGGGAAUUGACGUCGGGACUCUGCUGAAGUCAACUUGCAACACCUUCCUGAAGACCCUGGAGGAGUGUAUGCAGAUCGCCAACGCGGCCUUCACCUCCGAGCUGCUCCACCAUACUCCCCCGGGCUCCCCGCAGCUGGCCGUGCGCAAGGCCAGCAAGAUGAAACAUCCUAUUAUACCAAUUCAUAAUUCACUGGAAAGACAAAUGGAGAUGAACAAUUGUGAAAAUGGAUCUUUAAAUAUGGAAAUAAAUGACGAUGAAGAAAUCCCAAUGAAAAGCAAGAACCCCUUAUGUUUGCCAUCUGCCGAGAGAGACUGCAGUCUAUCAAGUGAAGAAAAUAAAGAAGAUAACAUACCAGUCCAAGAUGACAUAAUGAAGGAAGACGGAGAGGGAAGCCCGGGAAAUCAUGACAGCUUGGGACAGCUGGAGACACACCCCUCGAGUAGUUUGGAACCCCAUUGGGAAGAAGGCAGUGAAACUAUUCCAACUUUCUUUAGCACCAUGAACACCAGCUUUAGUGACAUUGAACUUCUGGAGGACAGUGGCAUUCCCACAGAAGCAUUCUUGGCCUCCUGCUAUGCUGUGGUUCCAGUAUUAGAUAAACUUGGCCCUACAGUGUUUGCGCCUGUUAAGAUGGACCUCGUUGGCAAUAUUAAGAAAGUGAAUCAGAAGUAUAUAACCAACAAGGACGAGUUCACCACCCUCCAGAAGAUAGUGCUACACGAAGUGGAGGCCAACGUUGCUCAGGUCCGGAACUCUGCGACCGAGGCCCUCUUGUGGCUGAAGAGAGGUCUCAAAUUUUUGAAGGGAUUUUUGACAGAAGUGAAAAAUGGAGAGCAGGAUAUCCAGACCGCCCUGAAUAACGCAUAUGGUCAAACUUUACGGCAACACCACGGCUGGGUCGUUCGAGGGGUUUUUGCGUUAGCUCUGAGGGCAGCACCAUCCUAUGAAGAUUUUGUGGCUGCGUUGACCAUAAAGGAAGGUGACCACCAGAAAGAAGCCUUCGGUAUUGGGAUGCAGAGGGACCUCAGCCUUUACCUCCCUGCCAUGGAAAAGCAGCUGGCCAUACUGGACACACUGUACGAGGUCCACGGACUGGAGUCUGAUGAGGUGGUAUGACGUCAGUGGGACAGCGCUGCCUCCUAACUGCAGGGAAUAAAGUUUGCUAAUGUGUUUGGUUGCCCUACUGCAUUGCAGCAGCAGUUUCUACCCUCUCCAGCCCCUUACAUUGGAGGAUGGAGAGGAGGAGGCAGAACCCAGUGCUUUUAUAUAUGAUUUUUUUAAUUGCAUAUAUAUUUUGUGUGUUUAAAGAACACGGUGCUAUAGAUUGCAGUUCAAAGGGCCAACUGGAAACCAAAAUCAGAGAGCUAAGCUCUGCUCUGCGAUUACAGACUUGAACAGCAAGUCAGAAGAAAUUUGACGUUUGACAAAUGAUUUAUUGGCCUUGUCUUGUGCUGUGUUUUGUUUUUAAUGGGCCACCCAAACCCAAGCUGUAAAUGAGCAAAUUCUGUAUCAAUGAGUAUUAUUUAUAAUCAGUGUUGCAACCAACUUACACUGAAGACUUGGAGGCAGUUUAAGCCCCUUUGUGGAAGCUAGUGAAAAAGAGCCCGCUAUUCCUUUUAAACUCCUCAGUGGACCCUCCCCCCCAGUUCUGUUGGCAAGGGGAGCCUGUGCAGUCAGGUGUGAUGGGUAUGGGUGUGAACCUGUGAUUAUAGAAGGCGGCCGAGACCGUGACAGGGAAGGCCAUCCCUGUUUCCUGGUGGGACACGGACUCCCCAGAGAUGUCUUAACACUGACCUGGGAGAGGGGGGCCAACCAUCCGAGAGGACACACACCUAGUCCUGUCAGAUGCUCCUCCACCCACGAUCACCAAACUGGCCUUCAAGGGGACCGUUACCCCAUUUCAAAAAUAAGGGUUUGCGGGGCAGUGAUUUGUUCCAGCAUGCAGCCACUAAGUACAGGAGCCAGGAAUGAAAUACAGUGGAUUCGAAGGGGGACAGAAUUUCGGAGAAAGCCAGGGAUAUUUUCUUUGUCUCUUUUUAAAAUACUUAGGUUUUUUUCCCCACUGUGGUCUGAGAGCCAGCUCUGCAUCAAAGCCCUAUGGAGGACUUCUCGAGGGAGCAGGCUCCCAGGGCCGUGGGCUCUGCCUCUGAACAGACUUCCCAGGUGAUCCUUCAGAGGCAGGGUGGAAGAGCCAUGGCCCGAGUCCCCAGUCUUCUGGCUGUCCUGUUGUUCUCGGGUUGUCUGGGACAUAGAGGCGGUCAAGAGAAGGAGGCAGCCGCAGGGCCUUGGCAGCGGUUUCCCUUGACGUAGCUUGGCUCAGCGUCAGGGACCACACUUCUGAGUGCACUCUCUGCUGCAGCCUGGGCUAAUCUCAGCCAUAGAGCCCUGCAAACGAAGCACAGCUUUAAGGCAGAUAGCUGUCUCAUCCAAUGACCUUGAAGAGCCAGUCUUGUGAAGAGUGAGCUGACCCUUUGUCCUCCCAGGCCGCUCACUGUGCCCCAAACCUCGGGCACCUUCCUCAUUAGAAAGGCUGGCAGCAGUUCCCCCCAGGGAACGGUGAGUUCUUGAAGGGGUGCAGGUGACAGCCACCUGAACCUCUCUAGAGCCCGCUGUGGGGCUGUAGGUCCCAGGGGCACCGAGGGUCUUGAUAGGGAGGAGUGAAGAUUUGGUCUUUUAUCUGUUUUUAAGCAAAUAGGCCUUUGUUUGGGUCAAAUUAACAAAGCACAGGUACUCUGCCCACAUACAGACUUCUGGAAAACACUUCAACUGCGAAUCCAUCCACAGUCGUCUUAAGACUGGGGGCUGUGACGAGGCUAUUGUUGCUGUCUUCCCCGAGCCAUCAGCAGUGGGGAGGCCUGGGCGCUGUGGGCGUUUCUUGUGGAGCCGUCUAGAAGGGAUGAAGAUGCUCUCAGCAUCAUGGCAUCUUCAGGGUUGGGAGCAGGUACUGGUCAGGCUUCCAAAGCACUCACGGUUCUAUAGACUGUUGGUCCUUCUUCCCCCUACCCCGGCUGGACUCAUGGACUCACCAAGCAAGGAGGUGGUCAAUCUGAACAUUCUCAGAGUGGUGGCCGCUGCCCUGCCCGGCCACGUCACAGCAUGGGCACCUCUGGAUAAUUGGGAACCCGGGUCAGAAUUCUCUGACCCGGCCAGAUGAGUUCACAUUUUCUUCUCCCUUUUCCCGGCCCAGGAGAUGAGGGCCGUGGUUUCUGAAUAGAUGUCUUCCUCCCUAGAACACCCUUGUUUAUCCAAGAGAUGUAAAGCUCUUCAAUACAAAUAAUUAGAGCAGGCAGCUAAUACUCUCCCUUGCAUCCCACGUGUCCCGAAUGGAGCGUUCUCCCGGAUCUCCGAUCUCCGUUGCUCGGAUCUUCCCUUUCUUCCGUGUGGCAGUGUGUGCUCAUUUGCAUUACUUUCUAAGAAGGAGGCAAUGAGAAAGGAGAAACAACAGGGUUUUUCUUCAUCCUCCUCCAUGCUUUCUGAGACACCCAAGCUUGCUUUCACCUGGACAAUGAGGAGGAGAUGAGAAAGCCGCUAUGUCCAUCGUUAACCCCGACUCAGGGCACCUUUUCUAGAGACGCCUUUUGAGAACAUCUCAAGGAAAGAGAGUAGUGUGUGGUCUCUGUGAGAAGAGGCCACCGUCACUUUGGGUGGUACCUGGCCACAUGCUUUCACACGCGUCCUGUAGCAGAGGGCAGGCGGGCUCCGUGGGGGGCCUCUGAGAAUGGAGGUUUCUUAGUCCCGGGGGCUGUCUUCCCUCUCGGAUUAUCACUUCGUAUCUAUAUCCAGAGGGAGUGUGCUCAAGUUUAUGCUCAUAGGAGCUAUGUCUUUUCUUUGAACUAUAGGGGUAAAGUAAGAAGUUUCCCUCUGAGGACACUUAAUCUGAUGGUGAAAAUCCUAUGUACAAAGAAGUCUCUCACGAGGCAGUAGUGAUAGCCAGGGGUUUUUGAGCAGUAUAUGAGAGUAAAUCAAAACAGUACAGCUGCACAAUCGUAGACAUCUGUAUUAAAGAGGAACAUCAAAAUGUGAAGCUAUUGUUUCUUGACAUAUCUUCGUUCUAGGUCUACACACUUCUGAAGGUGAGAUUCCCAUCUCUCUAACACCUACAGUAUUUCCCCAAGUGGGUGAUAACUGCCUGCCCUGGGGUUGCUUCAAAAGCAGAGACCUCUGGUCUACCAGACAAGCACUCUUAAUUGCCAGGGGAGGCAGGGAGUGGGGGAACUGAGUCAUCAUUUUUCUUUUUUUCUGAAAAGGGGGCAGUAGAUCAGAUAAGGUUGGAAAUCCGUGGUCUAACUCUUCCCAGAAGGGAAUUCUGUGGCCUUUAAUUUACACCUUGUCAGAAUGGCAGUUUUCGCCUCUCUGUGGAACUAGGAUUGUAUUCCUUUCGAUGCUUCUUGGGUUUGGGGAGCAAACCGGCCCCUGACGGGGCAAGAUCAGAGCUGUCCAGUGAACGGAGGAAGGUUUUGCAGUGAAAUUUGCCUCGGGCAGCCCGUGCAGCUCGGAAAGAGUGAGCAGGUGCAUUGUCCAGAUAGGAAGCAUGCCUCAGUGCAACCUUCUUGGCUUUCUCUCUCACGUGUGCAGCUUUUAAAUUUUCUGUAAGCCUUUGAAGCUCCGUGAUAAAGCUUUAUGUCCUGAGAAAAUCUGUCAAGCUUGCCACUUGGGGUUCCGAACCACCGUCGCCACAGUCGCAGAGCUUGCCCUCUGUCUUGGUUCACCCCAAGGCCUCCGUGGCCUCCUUUCAGGUCCUGGAGCCAUCUGAAGCCCAUUCUUGUGUGGAGCCCCAGGGCCGGAAGCCUGUUGCAAAGCUUCCAUGGCCCGUUAGCAGCCCGGCCGUCAGCAUCAUUGGUGUUGGUUGGCACGUUUUUGAAAGGCACGCUCAUGAGACUCCGACAGCGUGCUUCUCAGAGCACUGUCUGCAGCCCCCACUGACUGUACCGACGUGUGCGCAUACACGUGGGGCCACCGCAGCAAUACUUUCUGACUCAGCCCCACUCGGUGCUGUGAGGGAGGGAAACCGUUUACAUUGUUCCCCAUGAAAUGACGGCGAGCUACAGGACGUCAGGUAGCGGAUGUGCGUUUCUGAAUGGCUCGCUGAGAUCAGUUGCUCCCGAGUGGGUUUAGUUGUCAGCUGUAAAGCAGCCUAGCUCUCCCCCAUUCACGGCUCACGACCCUUUUAAAAAAUGACUUCGUGACUUUUUUUGAAUUUAUAGGGUUUUUUCUGUAGGUUGACAGUUUCUUAGCAAAUACCUGUAUUGGAAGCCAUCUUUCUGUUCGCUGGGCUCGUGCCCAUGUCCGAGGCCUGAUGUGGGAUGCUCUCCGUGGUCUCGUGUGGCCUGCCCACCAGCAGCCCGUGUCUGUCCCCGUCCGAGGUGCCUGGAACGCUGGGUAGAACUGUGCUCUGCUGCCUGUCCCGUUGUAAACUGCAGCGGCUCCCUCAGGGGUUUCAUAGUAAUGAGAAACAUUUAAAUCUCUCAGCCGUCUAGUCGUGUUAGGUUGUUAGGGGUCUGUUCAGUUCCCUAACUAAGCUGUUAGCUAGACCUGCACUGCAAACACGCCCGGUGCCCAUCCCGUCUGGGCACAGUGGCCGUUUGCACCGUGAUUCCUCAUUGCCCUGCCACAGAAGGCAGAAGGCGCCCCAGAGCACGAGCGGACGGUCUGGAGAGGACCUCGGUACGGGUGGGCGCAUGCACUGCUCUUUCUUUGCCGUUUCAUCGAGCUCUGAGUUAAAAGGAACAAGCACACUGCUACUGUGGGAUGUGAACCUUCUCUAGCCCUUGCUUACUCCCAUUAGCCACUUCUUCCCAGUGAAGAACUUUCUCUUUCCAACUGGGCUGACCCGUCCCGCAGGUCAUCAAACAACGUGGAUACCUGAAAAAGGGACUGGGAAUGAAGAGGGGCAAGAGACGCGAGAAAUGGA